AUGAGGCUUAAGUGGAUCACUGGUACUAUUCGAUUCGCUACAGGGAUAGUGUGGAAGAAAAGAAUGUCUUUUACAGAGUCGCCAGCUAAAGCGGCAUUAUGUUGCGAGGAGGGCGGAGAGGGAACUCCUCCAAGUUUCGCUAUGUAUGAGGCUUUGAAAGAUUCGUGCCAAAAUAACGCCACUUAUUUCCAGCCUGAUGACAGUGAAAAUGGUCAAAGACUGUACCAGGGAUUUGUUACAUUGAUAGACCACAUAGACACAGUGUGGCCCCUAGUAGACCAUGUCCGAAAGGUUGCACCAUUAUAUGACUUCGAUGCAAAUUCACCUGGGAAUGGAUAUCGCAGUUUUGUGUCAGUUGUGGACUCGUGUGUUUUACAUGGACUUAAACUCAGCAGACAAGUAUGCACUGGUCGAGAUGCACUUUUAUUUAGAAAAGGCUAUUUUGUGAAGGAAGUGGAAUCUUGCGGGCAACUACUAGCUUCUUUAGGCACAUGCCUACAUCACUUGCAUACUCUACUAUCGUGGGCGCCUCCCGGUGAGCUAUUCCCCGCUGAACAACACUCCCCGGAAGAGCUAUUCUCUCAGGCAGAUACAAUCAACCAGUAUUGUUUUUACGGAAGAUGUCUUGGGUUUCAAUUUCUACCAUCAAUGCGCGGUAUACUAAAGGGUAUAUCAAUAUGUAUGGCUGGCUUCUCCGAAGCGUACUACAGCCACGGGAACCUGAUCAGCUCUGUGUGGACCGGUGGACAAUAUCUCAUCGACCCUGAAAUGAGAGCCAGACGGAUAGUCAACAUAUCCCAGUCUGCCAGUGUGGAGUUCUGCAAAGCGUUUUGGUUCUUAGCUGAAAGUGAAAUAAUGAAGAGGGUUCCGAGCCUCAUGUCCUCAACGGUGGCUGUGAACAAAUUGAUCACAAUACCACCUGAACCGAUCACGGUGACGACCACAGAAGGCAAAGAGACCACAGUAUUACCACCAACAGUCCAUAUAGGGCUUCAGGGGCUGAACGUCAGAUUAAUCAGUGUUAACAAACGAAUGGGAAUGGCAGGCGAAGGGUCGUCAACAUUACCCCCAUCGGAUGGCAUAGUGUUCCAUUGCCACGGUGGCGGAUUCGUGGCCCAAAGUUCAAAGUCCCACGAGACUUACCUCAGAGAGUGGGCGGCCAAACUCAACGUUCCAAUACUCUCUAUAGACUACAGUUUGGCACCGCAGGCACCGUUCCCAAGAGCGUUAGAAGAGGUGUUCUAUGCUUAUUGUUGGAUGGUGAAUAACUUCAAAGAAAUUGGCACGACAGGUAAACGGAUCGUGUUCGCGGGUGAUUCGGCGGGCGCCAAUCUCAUCGCGGGCUGUACACUAAAGAUAUUAAUGGCGGGACUACGCAAACCGGAGGGAUUAUUUAUGGCGUACGCACCAUUGCUCGUCAGUUUCAUACCGAGUCCCGCGAGGCUUUUAUGCUUGAUGGAUCCUUUGCUGCCUUUUGGGUUCAUGAUGAGGUGUUUGAAAGCGUAUGCUAGUCCCAAUGGUAGUAAAAAAGACGAAAAACAAGGAACAAAUCAGGCCAACGCAGUGUCUAAUGUUACAACACCACUAGACAGCAAUGGUUUCUUGAAAGUUAGCGCAUCUCAAGAAGGCAUCAGCGAAGAACCGUCGUCUUUCGAGGAGGUAUCACCAUCUGAUCUAGCUGAGCUUCAAGCGCAUAAGUCUGGUAGUGAGAGGAGACAGUCUUCUGAUACUACAAUCAGUGCGGCUUCGUUACAGAGCGAACAUACUGCCACUGGCGUUACUCCGCCGGCGGAGAAGUGUGAGAAGUAUGUAUCAGAGUUUCUGGAGCGGUACGUUCUGGACAGCGAUACGGAAUCAGAGGGGCGACGUACACGUUCACAACACAGGAUAAGCGAAGCAGCGACGGGCAUAAUGGGAGCGAUGUCAUCCCGUCUCGCUUACAUCACGGGAUCCAAUAAUAUAGCCAGGCCGACACAAGAGGAUAUGGCGGUACGUUCCAAUCUGGACGCGUUAAUAGCACGCAGCCCGUCGGACGAAUUCAUAUUUUCAGUGCCUCGUGAUCCGUUCCUGUCGCCGUAUUGGGCUGACGAGCAAUUACUCAAUAGAUUCCCUCCAGUGAGAAUAUUGACUGUACAUCUGGAUCCUUGUCUCGACGACUGCGUCAUGUUCGCCAAGAAACUAAAGAAGCUCGGCAACGUUGUCGGCAUCGAUGUACUAGAAGGGUUACCGCAUGGGUUCCUCAACUUUUCAUUGAUGGCGAAAGAAGCGAACGAAGGUUCAAAACUGUGUGUGGAACGUAUAAAACAACUUCUUGAUGUAGACGAAGCCCCUCCCACUGCCGAGAACAAUCACUUAUGA